AUGUCAAUAUCACUUGUUCUUCUCCUCCUCCUUCUUCCAUCUCUAACCCUAAUUUCUUCCACAGAAUCAAAGCUCACCACUGACUACUACAACAAAACAUGCCCAAAGUUCCACGAAAUCAUGCAACAACUCAUCACAGAAAAGCAACUCGCAUUCCCCACCACCGCCGCCGGAACUCUCCGCCUCUUCUUCCACGACUGCAUGGUUGAAGGCUGCGACGCCUCCAUCCUUAUCUCCUCCAAUGCCUUCAACGUUGCCGAACGAGACACCGAAAUUAACUAUUCUCUCUCUGGUGAUGCCUUUGACCUAAUCAUUCAAGCCAAAACCGCCCUCGAGCUUCAGUGCCCUGGCAUUGUCUCCUGCUCCGAUAUACUUGCCAUCGCCGCCCGGGAUUUGGUCACCAUGGUCGGAGGUCCUUAUUACGAGGUUCAGCUCGGCCGAAAGGACAGUCUUGUAUCAAAAGCCCCAGAAGUUGAAGGCCAUAUUGCUAGGCCUAACAUGACUAUGGCUGAAAUUGUCUCCAUUUUUGCUUCAAGUGGAUUCAAUGUACAAGAAAUGGUGGCAUUGUCCGGUGCACAUACAAUAGGGUUCUCUCACUGUUCCGAAUUCAGCCAUAGAAUCUUCAACUUUAGCAAGACUUCAGAUUAUGAUCCAUCGUUAAACCCUAAAUAUGCACAAGGGUUACAAAAACUCUGUGAAAAUUACACAAAAGAUUCGGGAAUGGCGGCGUUUAACGAUGUGAUGACACCGGGAAAGUUCGAUAACAUGUACUACUUGAACUUACAAAGAGGGUUAGGGUUGUUGGCAUCAGAUCAAGCUCUUGCUUCUGACCCAAAAACUAAGCCGUUUGUGGACUUGUAUGCCUCAAAUCAGACUGCUUUCUUUGAGGCUUUUGCUCAUGCAAUGGAGAAGGUUAGUGUUUAUAAGAUAAAGAUUGGGAAGAUGGGAGAGGUCAGGCACAGAUGUGAUGCUUUCAAUUCCAUUCCAACAAGUAAUUAA